UCCCCUCCUCCUCCUCCUCCUGUCCGCUCCGCAGCAGCAGGACGGAGGUAGUUCAGUUUUCUGAAGCCGUGGCAUGAAUGAUCUCAUCUGAACCUGAUCUCCGCUUCCCUCCUGCCCGUGGAUCCUAUGACCGAGACGGGAGUGAAAUAACACGAACACAGAGGAGUCUUGCUUCAGACUGGCCUAAAAUGGGCAGAACUGGUGCUGAACAAAAGCUGCUUGUCGCUCGUACAAAAGUACUUGAAGCGUUGCAGCCGGGACCAAGCUGCAUUGCUAUUGCCUGUGCCUCUCAACAGGAAAGAGAGACAACAUGUUCCCGAAGGGCACCAAGCGCAAGUUCUCAGACUCCGGGGAGGAGCCGGUCUCCAGUGAUGAGCAGGUCCCGGUGACCCCGUCCGUGGCGGCUCGGACGCUGACGUCCUCUUACAGCCUGCAGCGGCAGUCGCUGCUCGACAUGUCGCUGAUCAAGUUGCAGCUCUGCCACAUGCUGGUGGAGCCCAACCUGUGCCGCUCGGUGCUCAUCGCCAACACGGUGCGGCAGAUCCAGGAGGAGAUGACCCAGGACGGCACCUGGCAGAUUAUGACCCAGGCUCUGGCAGCCGCCCAGUGUCCCACGGACCGCCUGGUGGCCACCGAGGUGCUAUGCCGGCAGACGGAAGCGGCAGCUCAGGCCGGGCAGAGUCCGAAGCCCUUCUCGGUGGUCGGCCUGGAGGAAGGCUACCACGCCGAGGAGGUGGUGAUGGAAGGAGACGUGGAGACAGAGGUCACCAUGUCCACCCUGUCGCCCGUCUCCCCCCAGCUGUCCUCUGCUUCGUACCUGGCGGGUCCUUUUGGCAUGGGGCCCUGCUGGGAGGAGGAAGAGGAAGACGGUGAGUGCGAGGAGGACGAAGAGGACGACAGCGAGGAGUGCGUGUCGGAGGGAGAGGAGGCCGACCGGGACCACCUGAGCCCAGAAUCCAGGACAGGGGAGCAGGUUUUUGGGACUUUUGAGAUCAAACACCCGGCGCCGCCCCCUGACCCUGCCCUCGAGGAACUUUUUUCAGACGUGGACCCGUCCUACUAUGACCUCGACACGGUGCUGACGGGCAUGCAGAGCGCCCCGAAGAUGGGGCCGUACGAUCUGCUGGAGAGCCUUUCCUCUCACGGGCCCACCGCCCUCAGCUCCAGCUCGAGCUGCAGGUCAGACCUGAACGAACUGGACCACAUCAUGGAGAUCAUAGUGGGGUCCUGAAACUCAGAACAUUCCUCUGGCCUGUACUGACCCCUCAGACUCUUUCCAGACUAUGCACAGUACACAUGUGCAUGUUCUGUAUGUGGUAUUGUUACACGUGGAGAUUGUUGAAGGUUUUGGGACAAGGUGGGAAAUUAACUGCAAGCCAGGUAGAUUUGGGGACGGGCUGUUGGCGGCGUAGUUAGCCUGCUCUAACGGCCUCUUCGGCGAGUCGGCAGCUGCAGUUGGGACCUUCAUCUUUUAUUCAAAAUAUGUAAUUGGCAGUGAAAGUAGCGACGGUGAAAUUAAUGAAUUUUGGGGAUUCACAAGCCACGCUGGCCUUGUGGCGAAGCGGUUAGUUUCCCACUUUGUUGAUGAAAUCCAAAAACUUGACAAUAUCUGUGAGAGGGCAAAGAUAAUUACCUAUACCAUGAUGCAUUCUUAUUUACGUACUUUCCAUGUUUACGUCUGUCAUACAUUCUGUCGUACUAGCUCCUUCUGGUCGUACUCUCUGCCAUUUUGUCCAUUUCUAUUUAUUGUAACAUGGACUUGAGGAACAAUCCAUCACACUACAUGCAUCAGAAAACCAGAACAAAUUGUAAAUCCAAAUCUAUGAAUCAAUGCAUAUUUUCCUAAAGAUUUGAGCAAUUAUGAAUGGAAUAUAUGUAUAUGUACGUAUGUGUAUAUAGAAAUAUAUUUUUUGCAUUAUACAGCUGGGGGGAUUUUGCAAGUAUCAUUUGAUAUUAUUAUUAUUUUUCCCUCCCAAGCGGUUUUUAAGAUUUUAAAUGUAGCCAGACUCAAGACAGUGUCUUCCCUAUGGUUUGGUAUAACAAGUCGACUGUAACAGGUGUCAGGACUGGCAUCGUCACACUUUAAAGGCGCUGUUCUUUCAUUUUCUCAAAGCUUUAUGCAGGGCGGGGGAUUUACUGCCGGCCACCAACCACAUGCUGGUUAAGAUUGGACUGUUCCUGGUGAGUUUACAGUAUCCAGUACGUUUCCUGCCCUGCUAUUCAUACAGAUCUAAUAACAAUAAUAACAACAGCUUUUUUUUCCUGAAGCAUUUGGAGAAAACCCCGGGGUGAUAACUGCAUCAAGAAGCCAUAUUUCUUUCUCUCAUUUGUUAGAACAACAAAUGAAGAGUUCUGUGUGUUAACACAACCUAAUUUAUUGUUGUUUUAUUUAUUGUAUUUAUUAUAUCUAGGUACAGACAUGCCAUAUUGACGUAUCAAAUCAACCAUGAGGCCUGAUGAAAUUAUAUUUAUCCAAAUUUUGCCCUCCGUUUUGAAUGCAGUACCUAUUUAUUCCUCACAUUUUUUUAAAAAUUAUUAUUAUUAUUAUUAUUACUAUUAGUAAUAAUAAUAAUAAUAAUAUCCGGGUUACUAUUCAAAUCACUAUGCAGCUCUGUCAUACGUGUUUCAAAAUGAUUGUAUACGACUCAAAUGUCCUUUAAUUCCUUUAUGCAAACAGUUGCCUUUCUCCUAAAGAUGUGGAAAAUCAAAUGCAUUUUUCAAAAAAAUUGUUCCUUAUCAUCGUGAUGAAGAGAUUUAACUCAGGCAAACAAAAUGUAUUGACAAAAAUACAGUAUUACGACACGCUUAUUACCUUACCACAACACUCCUGAAGGAUGUCACUCUGGUCUGAAUGGGAGCUAGAACUUCAAAGACUAAUUACCGUUGUAAAAUGUAUGCAUUUUUUUAUAUUAAGGAAAAAACAUUGUAGCAUCUUUGUAAAUAUUUUUUAUAAUAAAAGGUGCGACUAUUGA